AUGAUUUAGAAAUAAAAAAGCAAUUAACAUUGUAAAAUACAUCCUAAUCAAAAUUUCAUAUUCUGCUGCUUUAAAAAAGAAUGCAAUUAAAAUAGAAUAUUUUGUUUGGAUUGUUUGAAAUAGAAAUAGCAUAUAGAGCAUAUGGAUGCUGUUUAAAAAUUGGAAGAUGCUAAUAUUUUCAUUAAUUAAUAGUUAAGCAAGGUUAAAGAUGUUAUUACAACCACAAAAAAUGAAUUUGAACUAGCAAAGGAGUCAUUCAACACAUUGAUAAAAGGAUUAUAAUAUCAAGUUUUUGGAUUAGAAGCUGCGAUGAGUAAUAUGGACUUAAAUCAAAUUUAAGAAACCAUAGCAAAUUUAUUCUUAUUUGAAAGAGUAUAAUUAACAAUGUAAUAAUCAAUCGAACAAACACUUUACAAAUUAAGAAAGACAAUUGAAGAUACAUAUCAAAAUUUUUAGAUAAACUUAUUUAUUUAGAAAGACGAAGACAUCUUAGUAAAAAUUGGUAAGACUUAAUGAAUAACAAAAUAGGUAGCUAUUUAUUUGAGUAAUAAUAAUACAAAAAGGCUAUUGAAUACUAUGAUGAAUGUUUAGAUAUGAAUGAAGAAAAUGAAUAAGCUUUAUUCGGAAAAGGUAAAAUCUAUUUAAAUUUGAGGGGAGUGUUUAAGAGCUAUUCAAUAAUUUAGAUAAGCAUCAGAAUGUUAUUAAAAAGUUUAAUUCAUAAAUAGCAAUAAUACUCAAGCAUAUCUCAAACAGGGUUAUUAUCUUUUUCAUUUUUAGGAGAAUGUCUAUAAUAUUUGUAUUAAUUUAACACAGCCAUUGAGGUAUAUAAUAAAGCAAUACUUUUGGAUAAAUCCGAUUUUGCAUCGAUUUAUUAUAAAGGUAUUUAUAAAACUUUAAUUAGGUUAUUGCUUACUAUAAUUGUGGAAUUUUACAGAAGCUAAAGUGUGUUUCGAAGAUGUGGUCAAAAUUAGUUCUGAUAAUAAUUAUACACUGCUAGCUAAAAGUAUGAUAUAAUAUGAUUUAGGCAAUCUGUUACUUAUAACCUUACAUCCUGAAGAAGCUAAAUAGAUCCUUGAUUAAAUUUUAGAAAAUUCUCCUCAAAAAUUUGACAUCUUUGUGUUGAAUACAUCAAUUUCAACUUUUACUAUAAGAGAGUUAUGUAAUUUCGACUAAGACAAUAAUGAAAUUGAAUAAAUGAUAUAAUAGUUUCCAUAGAAUAUUUUUGCAUUGUAUUUAAAAGGCAUUAAAUCCAUUUAUUUUUUAAGGAAUUUCUUUAACAAAGGAUAAAAAUUUUGAAGAAGCAUAAAAGAUUUAAGAAAAGCUUAUAGAAAUCGAUCCAACAUCAUGGAUGAUUCAACAUUUAAAAGGUAAAUUCAAGUUUAUUUUUAGUGAAGUUUUUAAAAAAUGAAGGCAAGUAUGAUUAAUCUCUAGAGCUUUUAGAAUCGAUGUUAGUAUUUAAUCCUGAUAACAUUCGUUUAAUAUUCGAAAGAUUCCAAGUAUCAAAAUACUCUUACUUAGUAAUUUGAUUAAUUAGAUUCUGACUAACAAAUUAAAUAUAUUGACUAUUUAUUGGUAAGAUUUCCCCAAUAGAUAUUUCUCUUUUGGGUUAAAGGCUUUACUUUAAUGAAUUAGAAUAUAUAUGAUGAAGCUUUAUUAACCUUUAAUGCAGCAUUAUCUAAGGAUCCCUAUAAUUUUUGGAUUGCCUCUUUUAAAGGUGAUAAAAAUAUCAUUUUAUAGCAAGUACCCUAUCUGAGUUGAAAAAAUAUUAAGAAGCCGUUGAUCUCUUAUACUCAAUACUUGAUGAAUCCCCAGAGAAUAUAAAAGUUUCAUAACUCAUAAGUCUAAUUCUUUAAUAUUUUAGAUGAAGUCUUAUUUAAAAUGAAUAACAUCAAUGAAUAAGUCGAUUCAAAUGAUGAAACAGAAGUUGAAAAUAUCCAAUCUGACUGA